GGUCAAACAUGGCGGCGUGCACAAGGAGGGCGAGAGAAAUGAUGGGCUUGUUACGAUUUUUAAGAAAUAUACCUCAGACUGAGAGGUUUUUGUCGACAUCGGUAAUGAGACACGCGUCAGAUGGACCUUCAAAAUUCAUCCCUCCGACCAAACCCGUUUUCACAGACAAAUCACAAGAAGAGGCAUCAGUCCGGCGGGUUUUAAGUCCAGAGUUCAUCCCUCCUCGCCAGCGCACUGACCAAAUCAAGUUUUAUAUAGAACGGAAAGAUAUGAUACAGAGGAGGAAAGUUUUGCAGAUUCCAGAGUUUUACGUUGGCAGCAUUUUAGCAGUGACCAUGACAGAUCCUUACGCGAGCGGGAACCUGAAUCGCUUUGUUGGAAUCUGCACUCAGCGCUCUGGAAAAGGAUUGGGUGCUACUUUUAUACUUAGGAAUGUCAUCGAUGGGCAAGGAGUAGAGAUAUGCUAUGAGCUGUACAGUCCACGUAUGCGUAAGAUUGAAGUGUUAAAGCUGGAGAAGAGACUGGAUGACAAUCUCAUGUACUUGAGGGACGCUCUGCCUGAAUACAGCACUUUUGACUUUGACAUGCAACCUGUCCAUUAUGAGCUCACGAAAGACAUCCCAGUCAAUCCGUUAAAAGUAAAAAUGAAGCCAAAGCCGUGGUCUAAACGUUGGGAGCGCCCCAAGUUUGACAUUAAGGGUAUCCGCUUUGACCUGUAUUUGACUCCAGAGCAGAUGGAGCAUGCGCAGAAGUGGGGAGAACCAUGGAGAGAGUAUGAUAUGCUAAAGGAGUAUGACACAUCCAGUCUAGAGAAGAAGAUCCUUGAGGAGGUGGAUGAAAAUCUCAGAAAGUAGACUGUACAUGGAGACUAUCUCUGUGAAUGAACAUGAGGCUCAGGUGACCCCUUUUAAGAUGCUGAACAGAUCUGAAACAUGCUCGUCUAGGUUUGUAGAGAUACAUGGAGAUAUUUGACUUUGGGGGAAAUCAUUUUGGAGAUUUUCAUGUGUGUCUAAAUUACGUUUUUUCACCGGCUCCGCUGCUGAUGCUGAGCUACAAAUGGCCCUUUAAUUAAAAUAAUAGCAAUCAUUCUAUGCUAAUGUUUAUUUUAGUGUCAUUAGUGUCAUCACACAAAUUUCUCUGUGGUUUUACUUUCUUGCUUGACCAAAAGGGGGCAGCAGAGAACAGCAAUACAUGUAAAUUAAUAUCUGAAUAAAUGAUAAAUAAAAUCUAAACCGUUAAUCCUG